CUCUCAGUCAGGAUCCUCUCUGACUACACAUCAUUGCAUGACAAGUAAUUUUAGUUAGUGUGAAAGCCGCGUAUUUGUGCAAGUAAUAUAGUUUAUUAUCUUUAUUCUUCUAAUUAAGAGGUUUGCUAAAAAUAAAAAUGUUCCGCAAUCAAUACGAUAGCGAUGUGACAGUAUGGAGUCCGCAAGGACGACUACAUCAAGUGGAAUAUGCUAUGGAAGCUGUGAAAUUAGGAUCAGCUACCGUAGGGCUUAAGAAUAAAACACACGCCAUUCUUAUUGCACUAAAAAGAGCAUCAUCGGAGCUAUCAGCUCAUCAAAAGAAAAUCAUACCAAUAGAUAAACACAUGGGUAUUAGCAUUUCAGGUUUAACAGCUGAUGCAAGAAUAUUGAGUCGUUAUAUGCGAACUGAGUGCCUGAAUUACAAAUAUGCUCAUGACGAUACAUUACCUGUGGGUCGCCUGAUUACAUCUCUGGGAAAUAAAAUGCAAACAUGUACGCAAAGAUAUGAUCGACGCCCGUAUGGCGUUGGUUUACUUGUGGCUGGAUACGAUGACCAAGGGCCACAUAUAUAUCAAACAUGUCCAUCCGCGAAUUAUUUCGAUUGUAAAGCGAUGGCUAUAGGAUCACGUUCUCAAAGCGCAAGGACAUAUUUAGAGAAACACCUAAAUGAAUUUUUAUCGUGUGAUCUUGAUGAGCUAGUCAAGCACGGCCUUAGAGCGUUACGUGACACUUUACCUAACGAAGUUGAUUUAUCAGUGAAGAACGUAUCAAUUGGGAUAGUAGGAAAGGGUUAUGAUUUCACUAUUCUUGAUGAAAUCACGACAGCUGGUUACUUGUCCCAGAUUGAAGGAGAUGAUAAACGUGGAAGGCCUGCUGAUCCUGCUGUGCAAGAUGAUAGCAGACCUCCGCAAGAUCCGCCAACUGAUGAAGGUCCUCAAGAUCCUCAAGUCGCUAUCGCGAUGGACACAGAUUAAAAUAGUAAUAUAAACUUUAUUUGCAUUCAAUUUACAUAUAACAUAAAGUGCAUUUUUUAAUUAAAUAUCUCAAUUUUCUAAAUCUAUAGACGACAAAAUAUUUAUUAUCAGUCUAUUAAUGGUAAAUAUGUAUAUUCAGAUCAUUCUAUCAUUAAAUUGCGAUGAAUUUCUUUUCGCAA